UUGCUGGCCAGUGUUGGAUCGCAAGCAGGACACUGAGUUCAGGAAACUCACUCUGGUUCUGCUUCAGGAGAUUACGAAUCAGUCUGGGGGCUCCUUCCCCAAAGUGCUGGCCUCCCACCUGCUCUCCCCCAGCGGGCCGAAGUUCAUCCACAUCAUGCUGAGCCUGGCCAGGCACGUCAUGCUGAAGGAGAUCAAGGCCUUCCACACAGAUGGCUUAUGGGUCCCGAAAGCCGUUGCGAUGCCUCCGAGCUGUUUGGAGAUGGCAGAGAAACGCUUCCAGGUCGCAAGGUCAUCCCACCUUGCGGCAGUCAUGGCUCGGGACCACCUCAAUCGGGAGCGCCAGCACAGAGUCAAGUCCUGGGAGAAAUCCGUACGAGAUCUCAUGGCAGAGAAAGCCAAAUACGAGGAAUUACUUGCAAGCCAGGAAGGCAUUGUUGAGCAGGAUGGCAGUCUGUCCCAGGAGAAGGUUCAGAGGGUGCGUAUAUGUUCUCUUGCGUUGCUAGACGAUUUCACGACCACAUUCCUCUGUUGUCAUGGUUUUAUUUAGUUUCAGCUUAGUUUG